AUGUCCGGGAAGAUAUCGGAAGAAGUGGAGGUGAAGGUUUCAAUAACCGAAGCUUGGGAGGUUUACAGCACACUUAAGCUUGCAAUGAUUCUACAAUCAGAGCUUCCACAUCUUUAUGGUGUCGACAUCUUGGAAGGCGAUGGAGGUGUAGGCACUAUCAUCAAAGUUACCCCUCGUCCAGGGGUGUCGGUGAAACCAGCGUUCAAGGAAAGGUUUACAAAGAUCGAUCAUGAAAAGAGGGUGAAAGAAAUCGAGAUAAUUGAAGGAGGGUAUCUUGACAUGGGGUGUACUUCUUAUCGAAUUACUUUAGAGUUCAUGGAGAAAGAAAAUGAGGAGUCAUCAUGCAUCCUUAGAGUUACUGUUGAGUAUGAGGCAAAUGAAGAUGCUAGCUUUGUUACCAUUAAGCCGCUCAUGAACACCCUCAAGUUUGUUAACCAGUACUUACAAAAUAACAAAACAUAGUACGUAUGUGAUCUUUGUAUGUUUUGAUUUCGGGUAUUAUGUAUCUAUUUCUCAAAGGUUUUACUUAAUGAAUAAUAAGUAACUAACUAUGCGUAUAAA